UGUCACACACCUUAGCACACUGCAGAACUCCUCUCUCAUGAAUGGGAAACUCUCACACCACCUCUUCCACCGCUGAGUGCAAACUACACAUCAAGGAUAAUGUUACCCUGUUCAAAUUUGGUGGUGAUCCUCUGUCUCCUGCAAGUCCUCUGCAUUACUGCUGACAUAGACAGUGGCUCCUUCUUGAUUUUCAAUGAGAAUCACAACAAGUGUGUUAAGGUGGAGAGUGCCACCUCAAUCACUGUGGCACCUUGCGAUCCCCAUGUCAUAGAGCAGCAGUUUCGCUGGGCGUCCCAGUCGCGCAUCCUCAGUUUGUCCCUCAAGCUCUGCCUGGCAGCCACGGAGAUAAAAGACUGGGUGAAAGUUGUCCUCUUUGAGUGUGACGAGAAAAGUGAUCUUCAGCACUGGGAGUGCAAGAACGAGACUCUCUUUGGCCUAAAAGGCCAGGACCUCCAUCUGAACUGGGGCAAUCGAAAUGAGAGGAACAUGAUGAUCUACAAAGGAUCAGCGGAAUGGAGUCGCUGGAGGAUAUUUGGUACUCGGGGUGACCUUUGUUCAAAGGGGUUUCAGGAAAUUUUCACAUUAGGGGGCAACACCUUUGGCGGCCCAUGUCAGUUUCCUUUUAAGUUCAGUGGCAAGUGGUACGCCGACUGCACCAAGGAGGGCCGACCAGAUGGACAGCUGUGGUGUGGGACGGAGACAGAUUACGACAAAACAAAGAAGUGGGGGUUUUGUCCCACCCAAGUAACCUCAGGUUGGGACACUGACCCAGUCACCGGGGUUCAGUAUCAGAGGAACGCAAUGUCAGCGUUGACGUGGCAUCAGGCCAGGAAGAGCUGCCAGCAGCAGGGGGGCGACCUCCUCAGCAUUGUAGAGCUACACGAGCAGGCGUACAUUUCAGGGUUGACCAACACUUACGGAACAUCUCUGUGGAUUGGACUGAACUCCUUGGAUUUUGAGAGCGGAUGGCAGUGGAGCAAUGGAAACCCAUUUAGAUAUCUGAACUGGGCCCCAGGUCAUCCGUCAUCAGAACCUGGACUCACCUGUGCAACACUAAAUGCUGCAAAAGCCUCAAAAUGGGAGAGCAGUGCUUGCACCAAGAAACUGGGUUACAUUUGCCGCAAAGGAAGCAUCGCCACUCUGCCCCCACCACCAAGCAAAGGUCAGCCCACCUUCUGCCCCAGUCACUGGGUCCCUUACGCCGGUAAGUGCUAUUACCUGGAGAGGAGUAAGAAGAUGUGGAGGGACGCUUUGGCCGCGUGUCACAGAGAGGGAGGAGACCUGGCCAGCAUACACAACAUAGAAGAGCAGAGCUUCAUCAUAUCACAAGUUGGAUACUUGCCGACCGACAUGCUCUGGAUUGGCUUGAACGAUCAGAGGAACCAGAUGCUCUUCGAAUGGUCCGAUCGUUCCCAAGUCACCUUCACCCGUUGGCAAACUGGCGAGCCGUCUCAUGCCACCAACCUCCAGGAAGAUUGUGUCCUCAUGAGAGGAAAGGACGGGAAGUGGUCAGAUCACAUGUGUGAAAAAACGUACGGGUACAUCUGUCAGCAGAAGGCCUCCAUUAAACCACCUGAAGGUGUUCAGGAGGAAGCCAACCCUGGAUGCAAGCUAGGCUCAAUCAGAUUUGGAUCAUACUGUUACAACAUUGGAGCUGAGGCAAAAACCUUUGCCGACGCCACGCAAGCGUGCUCCGAAAAUGGUGCUUUUCUUGUGGACGUGCCGGACAGGUAUGAGAACGCCUUCCUGGUCAGUUUGAUGGGUUUGAGACCAGAGAAGUAUUUCUGGCUCGGUUUGUCCAACACAGUUGAUGUAAGCACGUUCAAAUGGAACACCAGAAGAAGGGUCACAUUCACUCAUUUCAACGUGGGAAUGCCAGACAGACACCAAGGAUGUGUUGCCAUGACAACUGGGGCUAUGGCCGGAUUAUGGGAUGUUAUCAGCUGCGGCAGCAAGGAGAAAUAUAUCUGCAAGAAAGGUGCCGAGGGUGCACAGGUGACAACGGUUCCGCCCACCACGCCCACCCUGAACUGUGAGUCUGGCUGGACCCCUGCAGCGACCAGGAACGUGUGUUACAAGAUUUACAAAAAAGAUUUGUCACAGCGGAAGACUUGGCAUGAAGCACUUGCCUUUUGCAAGUCCAUUGGUGGGGACCUGAUGAGCAUCCACAGUGCGCAGGACCUAGAAAAUGCACAGUUUUCCUUUUCUGAAGCGUUUUGGAUUGGCUUCAACAACCUGGAUACCAGUCAGGGUUUUGUCUGGACUGAUGGUUCCGCUAAUGACUAUGAGGACUGGAUUUAUGGAGAACCAAACAAUGCCAAUGAAAAUGAACACUGUACAGAAUUCCUGAUCUACUACACAAAGCGCUGGAACGACGUGGACUGUGAGAACGCCAAGAACUGGAUCUGCCAGAUAAGCAAAGGUGUGACGCCCAAACCUGAGCCUGGUAACUUAACACCAGUAUACAACAAGACAGAAGACGGCUGGAUCAUCUUCAAUGACACACAGUACUUCGUCAACACCGAGAGCCUGUCGAUGGAAGCUGCCCGGGCGUACUGCAAAAAAAACUUUGGCGACCUCGCAGUCAUCACAGCAGAGAGCGAGAGGAAGUUCAUCUGGAGAGAGAUAAGAAAAGGCCCAGAUGACCAGUACUUCAUUGGCAUGAUAGUGAAUUUGGAUAAAUCAUUCAGCUGGCUGGACAACACUCCUGUCACUUUCACCGCGUGGGAAAGAAAUGAGCCCAACUUUGCCAACAACGAUGAAAACUGUGUGUCUAUGUACCAGGGCACGGGGCGCUGGAAUGAUCUCAACUGUGGCCACGAGAGUCCCUCUGUUUGCAAAAGAAGCAGCAAUUUUAUUAACGCAACGAUGGCCCCCACUACUGUUCCUCAGGGAGGAUGUGCACCAGAGUGGGUUGCGUUCCAAGGAAAGUGCUACAAAUUUGUUGUGGGGAAUAAAAACCAGGACUGGCUGAGAGCCAGGACGUCCUGCAUAAACCAGGGAGGAAAUCUGGUUUCUAUAGCCAAUACCAGAGAGCAAACUUUCCUGACAUCACAGUUGAUAAAAUACGAAGAAGACGUCUGGAUCGGCUUGAGCGACAUCAGCUGGGAGAUGCACUUUGUGUGGACGGACGGCAAAGGCGUUACAUUCACCAACUGGGCCAAGAGACACCCAAUGUCGAUGCCUGACUAUGCCAGACGCGAUGAGGAUGAGCUGUAUGACUGUGUGAUCAUGGUGGGUAGCAUCCCCAAACACAAAGGACUUUGGAAAGUGGACGACUGCAACGCCAAAAAAGGCUUCAUCUGUAAAAGAAAUAUCGACCCUCAGAUCGUAGUCCCGCCCACCACCGUGUCGCCGAAGGCUUUCAGCAAGUUUGGCAACGACUCCUUCAAACUGGUGACCCAGAAGAUGAGAUGGGACGAAGCGAGGAGACAGUGCCAAGCGGACGAUGCAGAUCUGGCCAGUGUGCUGAACCCCGUCACUCAGGCCUACGUCAGCUUGCAGAUGGACAAACACACUGAGCCUGUGUGGAUCGGCCUCAACAGCAAUGUGACUGGCGGUCGCUACAAGUGGGUGGAUAACUGGAUGCUGUCGUACACACAGUGGGGCACAGAUGAGCCUAAACACAAUUACGGCUGUGUGUAUAUGGACGUGGAUAGAAAGUGGAAGACUGCACCCUGCACCGACACCUACUACUCUCUCUGCAAGAGGUCACAAGACAUCGCUCCCACCGAUCCCCCGCAGCUUCCCGGCAACUGUCCGGAAACAAAGAAGCGUAGGACCUGGAUACCUUUCAGAGGCCACUGCUAUUCAUUCCUCGGCUCGGUUCUGGACAACUGGGCCCAUGCCUCGGUCGAAUGCUUAAAAAUGGGUGCGUCCCUGGUGAGUAUAGAGGACCCUCAAGAGGGUCUGUUCAUACAACAGAAUCUGGAGCUUCUGCACGAUGUCGCCAAAUCCUUCUGGACGGGCCUGUAUAAGACGCACGAAGGUGAGUGGAUGUGGAUCGACAACAGCGUCGUGGACUACACCAACUGGAAAGAGGGGAUGCAGAAGUCAGAGUCGUGUGUGGACAUAAAUUCUGAGAGUGGAAAGUGGAGCACAAGCAGCUGCAGCAGAUACAAGUCUUACAUCUGCAAAAUACAGAAAAUUAUUCCGCCGACAGAAAAGCCUCAACCUGUUGCACACAUCAUAAGUGAGGCGUCGCACGGUUCUGCUGGUAUCACUGUGACUUUUGUGAUAGUUGUGAUCGCCAUCGGCGGACUCGGGGCCUUCCUGCUCUUCCGUAACCGGAUACCCAUGCCCGCCAUUGGACAAUUCAACUUUGACAACAAUUUAUAUUUCAACAACCCCAUCCGAGCGGCUGUGGACACCAAGGGUCUGGUGGACAACAUAGAACAAAACGAACACGCGUAGACGGACACGGGAUCAGUGGUAAACAGCACGGUGGAGCAGAUGUGAUUUUUCCUGGGAACUGAAUCAAAAUAAUUGCCAAAUAUGGCGCUGCACUAAGCAAAUUACAGUGAAGAAAUAUUAAAAAAAAUAACAUGAUUCAUGAAAUGUGUACAGAUUUACCAAUCAACAUAACUAUGAACAUUUGCAUUUACUGCAGUUUGUUUGUUAUUUUUUAUCCAUGAGCUGUUUGUCAAACUACAUUGUUGUAAAUAGAUUCUCAACAAUAAUAAUAAUAAUAAAAAAAGAAAGACAUACACACA